CCGAGGCAGUGCGGCGCCCGCCGCCGAGGAUGCCGCCCAGCGCUCUCGCCGCGGCCGUGCCCCGGCCCUAGCGCGCCUGCCGCAGCCCGCGCCCCGCGCCCCGCGCCCCGCAGCCCCGCGCCCCGCGCCCGCCGCCGCCUCUUCAAUGGGCAACCUGCUCGGCGGGGUCAGCUUCCGCGAGCCCACCACCGUGGAGGACUGCGACUCCACCUGGCAGACGGAGUCGGAGCCGGAGCCGGAGCCCGAGGAGCCGGGGCCGGGCAGCGGCGAGGGCCCGGGGCAGGAGCCCGAGCAGCCCGCGCAGCCCCCGGAGCCAGCCGGCGGGCGGCCCCGCGCCAGUCCCGCGCCGGACGAGGACGCCGAGGCGGCGGGCGCCCAGCAGGGAGCUGAUUCCACUGAAGCAACUGCCAAACCAAAGAGAAGUUUUUACGCUGCGAGGGAUUUGUACAAAUACAGACACCAGUACCCACAGAACUUCAAAGAUAUCCGGUAUCAAAAUGACUUGAGCAAUCUUCGCUUUUAUAAGAAUAAAAUUCCAUUUAAGCCAGAUGGUGUGUACAUUGAAGAGGUUCUCAGUAAGUGGAAAGGAGAUUAUGAGAAGCUGGAGCACAACCACACUUACAUCCAAUGGCUUUUCCCCCUGAGAGAACAAGGCUUGAACUUUUAUGCUAAAGAACUAACUACAUAUGAAAUUGAGGAAUUCAAAAAAACGAAAGAAGCAAUUAGAAGAUUUCUCCUGGCUUAUAAAAUGAUGUUAGAAUUUUUUGGAAUCAAGCUGAUUGAUAAAACGGGAAAUGUUGCUCGGGCUGUUAACUGGCAGGAAAGGUUCCAGCACCUGAAUGAGUCCCAGCACAACUAUUUAAGAAUCACCCGUAUUCUUAAAAGCCUUGGUGAGCUUGGAUAUGAAAGUUUUAAAUCUCCUCUUGUAAAAUUUAUUCUUCACGAAGCUCUUGUGGAAAAUACCAUUCCCAAUAUUAAACAGAGCGCGCUGGAGUACUUUGUUUAUACCAUUAGAGACAGAAGGGAAAGGAGGAAGCUCCUACGUUUCGCCCAGAAACAUUACACGCCUUCAGAGAAUUUUAUCUGGGGACCCCCUCGGAAAGAAGACGCAGAAGGAAGCAAAGCCCAGAAAAUGCCUGCCCCUCCCGUCCCCGGUCCUAACAGUCAAACUUCUAUGCACAAAAAACCUAAGGACUCCAAAACUUCCUCCUCAGCGGCUCCUGUAAAUAGCAAAGCAGCUGAAGAAGAAAAAGCGGCGCCUAAAGAGCCUGGGGAAGCCACAGACAGGCCCUGCGCAGAGCCCAGCAGCGAAGCCGCCAGGCCAGGGGACGCAGAGGAUGGGAAUGCUGAAAAUUCAAAUUCUCAACCAGAAGAAACAGUGAGUAAUCCCACAGAGAAGAAAGAGAGUGCAUCUCCUCCCGAAAAAGAUGAAGAAGGUGAAAAUCAUAACAAAGACUGUGCAAGUCCUGGAAAUACAGCUUCCCAGGAUGAGGUACUGUUUCAGUGAAUUAACAGAAACCCACAAACCAGUUUAGGGAGAGGAGGCGGAAACUGCUGUACGGUUUAUCCGAAACAACAGAGGUCACAGUUCAAAUUUUAGCCAUCUGUUUGUGAUUUAUGUUGUAAGCAUUUUGUUGUUGUUUUUUAUUCUGGAUGAUAUUAAGUGUAAUAAGAUGUUUAAGACAAGACCCAGUAAAUGAAUGUAUUCGGUAACACUUUUGGGAUGUGAGUUUACAAAUUCUGUGUACAGUAAUUAUUUUAUGUAUCUGCAAACACUGAUGCAGUACUUGGGAUAUCAAAUAAAUUAUUUUGAGAGGGUGCAGUCUACCUGAAGAAAAUCAAGAGGAUAAUUUCAUUAUGUUGCCACACCUUUGCCUGUUUUAUGGAUUCCUUUGUUUUUUUAAGCUGGAAAGAUCUAGAAGUACUUUGGAUUUUUAACUAGGAAGUAACUUGGAUUGUUUUCAUUACAAUACCUCAACAUGUUUCUUUUAGAUGAAAUGGAUGCUCUUGGGGAGCUGUAACCCCCCCGACCCCAGCCCAUUUGUCAGUCUUGCUGCUGUCUUUUCCUCUUCCCCUCUCUGCUCUCACCCGCACCCACCAUCUUGUCAGGCAGCACCCCUGUUUCUGGUGUACAUUCGGAUAAACUAUAUUGAAACUUAAAUGGAGCAAAGUGGGACUUUUAACUGUAUAAUUUCAAGAAUUUGCUUUGCUUGAAAUAAUAAAAAUGGUUUUUUUGUAUUAA